AGGAACGUAUAUUUUGUCCGCUUUCUUUGUCCGUCAUAUUCAUAGUGUUUUUUUUUUCUUCAUGAAACGUUAUUAUAUUUACCAACAAUCGAACCUACUACAUGUGUGCUAGUGUACUUUAAUUUCUUUUUUGUAUGUACAUGAUAACGACCAGAGUUGUAACACGAGCCCCACCCUGGCUGAGCUGACAGUGGAUGAUCUCACAUUAGAAGGAUGGCAGGAUUGUGGUUCGAUGUUUGACAAUGUGAAGAGGGUCACUAUACAGGUAUGGAGCACGAUCAACUGUGACGUCAUCCAGAGGAUCCAUCUACCAGGAGCAACAGAACUCACCAUUCAAAAACAUGAGUAUGUACGUCCACCGACUGGUUUCCACGUGGAUCACACUUCAUUACCCAAUGCCCUCCUGAUUAUCUCCCCUCAGCUUGUCAAGGUGACAUUCAGCGAUCUUGACAUUGGUAACAGUAAGAUGGAACUAAUCUUACAAGCUUUCAGAUCACCUCACAACCUCAAACAUCUGAAGAUUAUCAGAUUCAUACGAUGCAGGUCAGAUGAGGGCGUGGAUGAUGCCAUAAUUGCUUGCAAUAAAUAUCAGGUCAUGGAGGUGGAGGUGGAGCAUGGCAGACCGCAGGUAAGUCCUUCAAACUCUUACUUCCAGGCUUGCAGUGCUCUUUAAAGUACUACAUGUCCCAUUUGCAGGUCAAACAAAUGCAAAGGUUGAUUCCAACGGCAUUUGAAAGACAAUACUUAUUAAAGACUUCCCUCAAAAAGAAAAGGUUUGAACAUGGCGUUUGUGGGAAAAUAACGACUGUUAGUUGUCGAAUCGACAUAAGUGAAUGCAAUCCCCUAACUAGUAGUCUGAUUUUCAGACCCUGGUUGUAGAUGUAUCCCUUCACAAUAAAAAAAAAUGCUAUAAUAGACAUACAUAAAUAAGUGUUAGUUACUAUGUUUAAUUGUUAUCUCUGUUUUUAUCAAGAAUCGGAAAGGAACUGACAUAAUGUACCACUCAUAUACAAAUUACCUCAGAGAGAGCCCUCUCUAUUCAGCCUCAAAACUUUUCAAUAACCUACCGGCAAACAUCCGAUUCGAAAACGGCCUGGCAACAUUCGCACGUCUAA